GAGACUCGCUGUAUGGUGGAACCUGUGGGAUUGACGCUGGGAAUCCGCGGCUUGCUGCGAUGCGUCUCAUCUCCAAAGAGAUUCAGUGUGAAUCCUGGUAAAGAAAAGGUAUUCAAGCUGAACCGGUCAAAACCCAGUUUCAAACUCUUAUCAUGCGUUGUCGAAAUGCACUGAAAAUACAUUUCAUCAUAGAAUCGGCUACCAAGGGAAGACAGGCAGGCGGUACUGAUUUAAUUUACAUUUGAAUCAGGUGCGUGUUUGCAAUGUAGUGGAUUUGGAAGAAGAAGAAAAACACAUCUCUCGCGCUCCUUCUUCACAGUUUCCUACUUCGACCCUGGGAGUCCAACUCAAAUGUAAGAUCAUCGCAAGUUCACGCAACUCCCAUACAAAGUGCAGUUGCUGAUAGAAGGGAGUGUCUGGGAACCUCGGCCUACAAUGGAUACACUACUGACACAUCCCACCCGAGACUAGACUGUUGGUUUCAUCUGGGUUUCUAUGGAAAGGAGAGUGAAAAUGAAGCAGGGGCGUUGGAACAAGCAGAGGCCGUCUCUGUCCAAUUGGAGCUGUCUCUCCUGUCAAGAGUGAUAUCUGAAAGGGGGGUCACCCGAACAAACCCAAGCUGUGAGGAACAGCAGUUUUGACUUCAAGGACAUCCUCUUUCCGGUGUGACUCCAGCGAUCAACGGUUUGGUUUGGAAUUACAAUUGCUUCUGAUUAUUUCACACGAGCGAACACUAAUGGACAAUUACUCAACCCUUCCGUUGCAGUGUCUGGAGAUGACAACCAAGAGGAAGCUCAUUGGCCGCCUGGUGCCUUGCCGAUGCUUCCGGGGUGAGGAAGAGGUCAUCUCAGUGCUGGACUACUCCCACUGCAGCCUCCAACAGGUGCCAAAGGAGAUCUUCAGUUUCGAGCGCACGCUAGAGGAACUUUAUCUAGAUGCUAAUCAGAUUGAAGAGCUACCCAAGCAAUUAUUUAACUGUCAAGCACUGCGCAAACUGAGCAUGCCCGACAAUGAUCUUUCCAGUCUGCCAGCCACCAUCGCCAGCCUUGUAAACCUUAAGGAGCUAGACAUCAGCAAAAACGGUAUUCAAGAUUUUCCGGAUAACAUUAAAUGCUGUAAAUGUUUAACAAUUAUUGAAGCCAGUGUCAAUCCAAUUGCCAAACUCCCAGAUGGCUUCACACAGCUGCUAAACUUAAUGCAGCUCUACUUAAAUGAUGCAUUUCUGGAAUAUCUUCCUGCCAACUUCGGGAGGCUUACCAAAUUACGCAUCUUGGAACUACGGGAAAAUCACCUGAAAACUUUACCAAAGUCAAUACACAGACUGACACAGCUGGAGCGUUUAGACCUGGGCAAUAACGAAUUCACUGACAUGCCGGAAGUCCUGGAGCAAAUACAAAACCUGAAGGAGCUGUGGAUGGAUAACAAUGGAUUGCAGACACUACCAGGGUCUAUAGGGAAGUUAAAGCAGUUGACGUAUUUGGACAUGUCCAAGAACAGGGUAGAAACCAUUGACAGUGAGAUUUCUGGUUGCGAGGCUCUAGAGGACCUCCUCCUGUCAUCUAAUAUGUUGCAGCAGCUGCCAGACUCAAUAGGAAUGUUAAAAAAGCUGACGACUCUAAAAGUGGAUGACAACCAGCUGACCGCUCUGCCCAACACAAUCGGAAGUGGACAUGCCAAAUUAGGUUUAUCGCUUUUAGAAGAGUUUGAUUGUAGCUGUAAUGAGCUUGAGUCCCUUCCUCCCACCAUUGGAUACCUCCAUAAUCUCCGGACGUUAGCUGCUGAUGAAAACUUCCUGUCAGAGUUGCCCAGAGAGAUCGGAAGCUGUAAAAAUGUGACUGUCAUGUCUCUGCGCUCCAAUAAGCUUGAGUUUCUACCUGAGGAGAUUGGACAGAUGCAGAAGCUGAGGGUUUUAAAUUUGAGCGACAACAGGUUAAGAAACUUGCCGUUCAGUUUUACAAAGCUGAAGGAACUUGCAGCACUUUGGCUUUCAGAUAAUCAGUCCAAGGCACUUAUCCCCCUACAAAGCGAGGCUCAUCCAGAAACAAAGCUGAGGGUGCUUACCAACUACAUGUUUCCACAGCAGCCACGCAACGAAGAAGAUUACCAGUCAGACAAUGACAGUUUCAACCCAACCCUAUGGGAGGAGCAGCGACAGCAGCGCAUGACUGUGGCCUUUGACUUUGAAGACAAGAAGGAAGAAGAGGAGAACUCUGGGAAAGUUAAGGUUGAAAUAAACCUGAAACGCUAUCCCACACCCUAUCCUGAGGACCUGAAGAACAUGGUGAAGUCAGUGCAGAAUCUGGUGGGAAAGACUAGCCACGCCCUAACUGGAGAUAAGCGUGAUUCCAGCACCAACAUGGAGCUCCAAGUCAAGGACAAAUACGAACACAAGUGGCCCAUCUCAACAAAGGAGGUAACAAGCGAGGUUACAGAUAGAGAAGCCAAUGACUUCCAGAAGACACAGAUGACCGAAUCAAGUACCACCCAUAAUUCUGCCAUGGAAAUCCCAAAGCGAAAAGAGAAGGAUGAGCUAACGGAGAGCUCUGAGAUUGCUUUACAUCGAGUCGUCCCCAAGCAGCAACAGCCAGAGACUCUCUCCCUUACAGCUUCCUGUUUCUGCCUCAUAGAUUCCUUAGGAGGCUCACCAAAUGACAUUCGAAUUUCGGAUAUGCGACCUACCUUAGUUGAACCUCCUUUGUACAAGCCAAAAGUCGUCUUGAUGGGUAAAGAAAAGAAAGAAUCGACAGACGAAUCAGACACAGAUAAAAUGCACUGUCCAAAUAACAGCGGCUCCUCUGCCACUUACUCAGACUACUCCCCUUCCCAGGGGUCCUCAGGCUCCUCGAACCCCCCGGGGAAUGUGGGCGCUCUGCAGACUGGUUCCAAGGACGGGGUGGUGCCCACCCAUUGGACAAACAGGCUAGCUCAGUCUUUCCCCCAGCCCAUCGAGACAAAGCCAUUGCUCAGCCAGAGAGAGUCUGCCCCAGCGGGAAUCCCACAGCAGCGCAAUGAGAGGCACCCACUUACUGAUACCUUCGACAACUGGAAUGAUGGCUCCCAUUACGACAACACUGGCUUUGUCGCAGAGGAAACCGGCAUGGAAAAUUCGGGUUCCGCCCCGAUGCUAGGCUCCAAUUCCAGAAGCGCUUCCACCCAUGGACGCAGGCCUCUAAUGAGGCAGGAUAGGAUAGUGGGUGUUCCUCUAGAGCUGGAGCAGACACCACACACGUUCCACAAUGUCCGAAACACACCAGAAACUGAAGUGCCUGCCCCUAACCCUUGGCAGAACUGGACAAGGACCCCCAGCCCCUUUGAAGACAGAACUGCGUUUCCUUCCAAGCUGGAAAGUACUCCAGCGAGCAGUCCAGCCCCUGACAGGAAGGACUUUGAGCAAGAGAUGGGUGAGCUACCUGGGACCUUCCCGUCUACCGGGGCAUGGGGCUUCUUGGAAUCUCGAGAGUCGGGAGCUAGCCGGAGCCAUUCCAACAUAUUCCACUGCAGGCAAGACCCUGUUAAAGGUGCUAUUGUAAUCAGUAAAAGCACAGAGAGGUUGUCUCCCAUGAUGAAGGAAGUGAAGGCCAAGUUCAAAAAAUCCCAGAGCAUUGACGAGAUUGAUAUCGGAUCAUAUAAGGUUUACAGCAUCCCGCUUGAUAACUACGGCUCCAGUACAGAAAACCAAGGCAGCUUGGACAAGCCCGAAACCCAGCCAUCGCAGGAGCAAAGCAUGUCGCGCAGUCAGUCGGUCCCCAUGCUGGAUGAAGAUUUGGAAGGGUACGCCAGUGGCAAGGGGUCCCAGCAGCAGAAGCCUCCUAUACCUAAAAAAGUUUACCACUUCGACCAAAGCUUCAACCCUAAAGGGGCAGUGGAUGUGAAGUCUGAGAGGAGGCUACCUACCUCCUUCAACACCAACCCUGAGUAUAUGAGCCAACAGGGUAAGAACAUCCCCAAGGAGGUGUUGAGUCCAAGGGGAUACAGGGGGUAUACACCCAUGGAGCACAUGUUCUCAUUUUCCCAGCCUUCAGUCAAUGAGGACUCCAUCAGCCAGCAGUUUCCCAGCCAGAGGUCCCGGCCUGGAUUCCUCCGGAGGGCAGACUCCCUGGUCAGCUCCACAGAGAUGGCUCUCUUCAGAAGGGUAACAGAAGCCCAAGAGCUACCGCUCAACGACCGAUAUAACAGGACGCACUAUAAAGGCAUGUUGGAGCACCAGAACAGCUUGUCCUCCAUGGCAGAAUCCCAGUUCCACAAAAGGAACGGUAGGUAUGAGGAUGAAUACUCAUCGUAUCAAGAGACAAAAAAGCCCAUCACAGGUUUCCCCGUGAAAAACCUAACCCAGCGACGGCCUUUGUCAGCCCGGAGCUACAGCACGGAGAGCUACGGGGCUUCCCAAGCGAGGCCAGUGUCUGCAAGGCCUACCAUGGCUGCACUCCUAGAAAAAGUCCCUUCUGAUUACAAUCUCAGCACCUGUACAGAAAAGACCUCCGACAAUGAGAUGAAGAUGCGUACUGCACAGAUGAAAGGGGAUGAGAGCUCUUCAAAAAUGCCAGUGGACUGGAGGCAACAGCUGCUUAGACAUAUAGAGGCUAAAAGAUUAGACCGGAAUGCUGCCCUUAAGCACAACACUGUUAACCUUGGCAACCUGUAUGCUGGACGUUUUUCUGCAGUGCAUGCAAACACAAACAUGACUUUAAACUUUGACAAUAACCCAAAGCAUGAAUACCAAAAGAAUCAACAUACUCCGUCUCAGCAGAGCAACGUCUUGGAUAACGGACAGGAAGACGCGUCUCCAACCAGCCAGUGGGCUCCGUAUUCACUGGGCCGGAGGGACAUACCACCGGAAAACGUUAUCAAAAAACUCCCUGACUCUUUGCCCAACGGGUUAAAUUACCCACAGGCAGGUAGCCACUCUCACCAAGUUCAGACGAUGAUGGUGUCCUCCACGCAGAACCCCCAGCACCGAUCCGCCCGAGACCAACAGUACGAAGGUGCCAUCAAUAAAAUCUCCAUCCAGCAGUAUCAGUCGCCGCUGCCCAUCCCCAUCUCCUCCACGCAAAGCCUUUCCAGCCCACGGGGGGCUCAAAGCGGACGUUGCCUGAUACAGACGAAGGGGCAGAAGAGUAUGGAUGGGUAUCAGGACCAGUUUUGUGUACGAAUCGAGAAAAACCCUGGCCUUGGUUUCAGCAUCACAGGAGGAAUUAGCGGACAGGGAAAUCCAUUUAAGCCUUCAGAUAUGGGUAUCUUUGUUACUAGGGUACAGCCUGACGGAUCGGCCUGCAACGUCUUACAACCUGGGGAUAAGAUUCUAAAGGCGAAUGGACAUAGUUUUUCACACCUGGAACAUGAAAAGGCUGUAUCUUUGCUGAAGAGUUUCCCGAAAACAGUGGACCUGGUAAUCUUGAGGGAGAAUCCAUCUUAAAUAUUUUUAUACUACGCUGGUACCCAAUCAGAAAGGACAUACAAAAAUAUAUACAGAUACCCCCAGAUAUUUGUUUAUAUCUAGGAAUAGUCACAUUUGCCAAUUGCUGGACCAAUGGCAAAUAUUAGUGCCAAAUGUAUAAUAGGUUACAUAUCUUAUAGUAUUAUUCAUGGGUUUUAAGAAAAGAAAAAAAAAAGAGUUGUCUGUUUAAAAUGUGUUGUUGUAAUUGCAAUUUUAGUUAUAUCUUUCAGCCUGAGGCUGUAGAUUGGUGCAAAUAUGUCUUCUUUUUGUAUGCACUUCUUUCUUUCUUUUUUGAGUUUCAUUAGUAGGUUUUUCAUUGAAGAUACUGAGAGCACUAAAGCAUACAAGCUCUUUAGGAAUUACAUUUGCCAUUAACACUGCCUCAACUUUGUAUAUGCCUUUUGUAAAUAUAUAUUUAAAAAGAAUAACUUAGUUGUAACAGAUCUGUGUGAAGAAAGAAAAGAAUGUAUGCUAUUUUCUUAUAAAUAUAUAUAUGAAAUUUAAAAAUGCCCAGCGAAGCCCUCAAGAAAAUAAUAUCUAAAAAAAAAAAAAAAAAAAAAGCUAUUUUGAACCUUCUGAAUUUAUUUCUUUUUUGGCAUCUUCCAGCUUUCUCAUUAUAUAUGUAUAAAAUGGAUUGCAGUGUUUGAUAUGGCUGAGUGUGUGCUAACAUGACAGUAAUGUUGUGGCUUAAGAACACCCAUCGCAACUGCACUGUAAGUACAUUACAUAGCAAGGCUUCCCUGCAGCCACAUUUUGUUCCUCUGCACUACAACCAUCUAAAGAUGCCGUUAAGUAAACCAAAGCAGUGGCAAUUGCAUGCUACAGUGUCACCUACUGGUGUGAGGACUGGCUCUUCCUUGCAGUACUGUAGUGCCAUACUGUAUAUGAAUAAUACAGUGCACUGAAACAUAGCUUACCUACAGUUAUGGUGUGUAAUUGAAAAGCUCAACUAAACUUACAGCAUGACUAUCAAGGGCCAACUUAAGAAAGGAUGCAAAAUGUUUUUUAAAACCUAAUUUAAGGUCACAGGCUCUGUGGUUUUUAAAGUUAUAGUGCUCAAUGACGUUUUUAAAUGGUAUAAAAUACAAGAUAAACCAUGUUAUUAUUGACUGUGAUGUCAUUAUUUGUUGAGAGGUUGGUGAUGACAUUAUUUGAGGAUGUUGUGGAUGUCACAAUAGAAUAAGUAAGGAGAGGAUCUGAGCUUUAAAUAAAUGUGGACCAAGUCAGGAUAACAUCUUUCCAAAGCAGAACCUGGAUCUGUGUUUUAAAUAGAAGGAUCAGCAAUCUUUAAAACUUACAGGAAAUCAAAUCUUCACUAAAUACAGUCUUGCUGUCUUUCUUACUGUUAUUGAAAAACACACACUGCAGUUGCUAGGGUGUCAAGUUUCUUUUUUGUAAAAAUGUCGUAAUACUUUUUUUGUUUUGCUUUCUAAGCAAUAGCAUAUCUUAGAGUACUGUAUGUUAUUUUGUUGCCCAGUAUGCCCAGAAUAUGAGUGAGUGUUCAUUCUGGGAUUUGACCAACCUGCGUGUACACAAUUAUUAUUAUUAUUAUUAUUAUUAUUAUUAUUUGUUUAUUUAGCAGACGCCUUUAUCCAAGGCGACUUACAAGGAGACUAGGGUGUGUGAACUAUGCAUCAGCUGCAGAGUCACUUACAAUUACGUCUCACCCGAAAGACGGAGCACAAGGAGGUUAAGUGACUUGCUCAGUGUCACACAGUGAGUCAGUGGUUGAGGUGGGAUUUGAACCGGGGACCUCCUGGUUACAAGCCCUUUUCUUUAACCACUGGACCACACAGCCUCCUAUAAUCUCAACAAUUGGAGGUUGUGUAUUGGGGUUAUACAAUAUUAAGGAAACCUCUAGUUUACACUGUUUGCCUGUAUUGGAGAAUUGGAGAAUACCAGUUAGAAUACCAGUUAGACUUUAAUACAAAUGUACUAUUUUGAUUUGUAAGCAUUUUAUAAUGGAUGUAGCUGACAUGAAGUGUGUGCUGACACAAAAUGUCCAAAAUGACAAACUCAAUACAGUGGUUCUGCUAUUCCGGUUUCCAAAGCACUGUCCUCUCAGUGCUAUACUUCCAGCCAACCCUAAUUAUACAUAAUUAAAAGUACACACACAGUCCCACAGAACCGGGAAGAAAGAAGGGGAACAAAAUAAGCAGCAGCCAAUUUAAAGCACUUCAGAAAAAGUUAAGGUAGGUAGCCCGGUGAGUCUUACCUAGGCCGAGUUCAGCCAAGUAUCAAUUUCUUUUAGCAAUGUAUUUGGAAAGACAUAAAACCUUUGUGUUUUUUUGGGGGAAAAAAAAGAAAACCGGGUUCUUCUGUAACCUUAGUGCACACACAACGCUGUAAGUUAUUUUUGGGAUCAAUGACAAAACAUCACCGAAUAAGACUAACAGUACAUAAAUAUGUGAGGGAACUGUUUUAAAGGCCAUAUAAAUAGUUUUCACUGCUUUUUAAUAGCAUUUACUUUAGCAACACAUCUAGAGUGUGGCAUUGAGAUAUAGCCAUGACAUGAGUGAGAAGAAGCUAAAUUAAUAGAAUGUAAAUGACUAAAUUUAAAAGGCCAGACUUGCAUAAUAAGUGAAACAAAGUGACUGCUCAUCCCAUUAUUACAGUAUGUUAUUUAAACUUCAAAUGAGGACAUCAUAAUUCAAGUUUUGAAACAUCAGGGAAUGGGCAUUUUAAACAUCACAUUUUUGAAGAAAUCCCUUUUUAGGAGGUUAUUUUAAAAGCAUACCAUCGCUUAAACAAAAGUAUUCUUAAAAACAAAUUUUACUUUGCCCUCUCUUGACAUUUGUAAAUGCUUAAGUUAACUUUUUUUUUCACAUUUCAGUAAUAAAGCUGUUUUCAAUAUGCAAAUCAAAGUCAAUAUUGUAAGUCAGUGCCAUAUGAAUUGCUGUCAAAUAUGUAUUGACCAAAAAAAAAAAAAAAAAAACAA